AUGGCUUUUUAAUGAGGUUAUUUCAUAUUUAAAAAAAAUGUAUUUCUUCACAAGAUCAAAAGAUUGACUUUUCUGUGAAUUCUAUACUACAAACAAUUACUUUGUCUAAAUCAUCGUCAACUUCUUGAUCUGAGAUUUUUUUUAAGAUGAAGUUUUUUUUAAAAUGACGAAUCUUUUUAACUCAAAUGAAACACAUUUGAAACUUGAAUCAUUUCCCCCAGAAAAUCAUUCAAGUGAACUUGGAUCUACUGUUAUAAAUCAGAAAUCUUUCUUGUGUGAUAUAUGUGAAGAAGCAUUUUCCAAUGAAGAUGAAUUUAAUCAACAUUAUUCUAACCACUCUAGUGGAACCAUCUUUGUAUGUGAUGUGUGCAAAAAAAUGUUUUCUAAUAGGAGGAAUUUCAAGAAACAUUCUCGCAUCCAUGGAAAACCAAAAUUUACUUGUGAUAUCUGCAAUAAGAAAUUUGUUGAAAAACAUCACUUGAAUGCACAUUGUCUUAUCCAUACAAAUGAAAAAAGUUAUGUCUGUGAUAUCUGUGGCAAGGCAUAUUUGCUGAAAAGCCAUUUAAAUCAGCAUUAUCGCAAGCACUCUAAUGGAAGAACUUUUGUCUGUGAGGUUUGUAAUAAAGUAUUUGCUGGAAAAAAUACCUUAACAGAGCACUAUCGCAUUCAUACAGGAGAAAAGCCUUUUGAAUGUGAUAUUUGUAGCAAGACAUUUUCUAGAAACAGCUAUUUAAUUUUACAUUAUCGUACUCACACAAAAGAACAACCUUUCACUUGUAUUGUUUGCAAGAAGGCAUUCUCUCGGAAAUCAAAUUUAAAUUUCCAUCUCCAUAUGCAUUCAGAUGAGAAACGUUUUGGGUGUGAUGUGUGUGGGAAGUCAUUUUCUGCUCAAAGAACUCUUGAUCGACAUCAACGUGUUCAUACAGGAGAAAAGCCAUUUGCUUGUGAUAUUUGUAGCAAGACAUUUUCUACAAACAGCAAUUUAAUCAUGCAUUAUCGUAUACAUACAAAAGAAAAGCCUUUCUCUUGUGAUGAGUGUGAUAAGUCAUUUUCUUGGAAAUCAAGUUUAAAAAAACAUCACCAUACUCAUGUGAAGGAGAAACUUGGUGAAUGUGGAUAAACAUUUUCUCAAAAAUACAUCUUGAUAAAACACUGUCUUAUUCAUAUAGGGGAGAGGCCUUAUACCUGUGAUAACUGUCAUAAAACAUCUCAAAAAGAAAAGUUAACUGAGCAUAUUCAUCUUCGUACUAGUGGGAAAACCUUUCAUCUGUAAAAUUUGUGCUUAGAUUAUAUGCACAGUGAAUAAAAUUAAAAUCUCCCUUUUAAAAGCAUUGUAGAUUAAAAAAUCAUUGAUAAUGAGAAUAUCAAAUCUUGAUAAAAAUGGAUUACAAAAUAAUACAGAUGAAGAAAAUGAUCUAUGAUAAACAUAAAUGCAAAAGAAGAAAAUAAGCAAUACAUAAGAAGAAAACAAUGUGUUAAAAAGAAAAACAACUUUUGAUAAAAGCCUUAAGACUCUUUUUAGCUUAUGUGCAUUAUUUAAUUUGAAAUUCCUGUGAUGUUAUUAACUAUUCUGUAUUAAUGAAGAGUGAAUCGAUUUUAAAUUUACUCAUAUUUUGCACACCAUCUAUUCUGGACACAAGAUAACUCAUAUUUUCUACAUGCUGUGAUUUAUUGUAACUACUUGCUUACAAUAAUUGUUGCUGAAAUUUGCUUAUAUUGUAAAUUAUCUACCUGCCUUGUCAUACAACUCAGUUUUGAAAAAGUUUUUAUUCAUUUAUUUUCUUUUAUAUUUAAAAUUAUAGGUUAAUACUUUGUAUAAAAGUAUAUUAUCUAAUGGACCAAUAAGUUUUUUCUCUACAAUAUUCUGAAUACACUCUCUUCAAAAGUCAGAAAAAUUCUUUGCUGUUUAAAUCAAUUUUUAAUGAAAAUUUGAAAUUACUAUAUCA